AUGGCCGACAACCAGCCCGCCGCCGAGGCGUCUGCGACCAACCCCGCCGAGGUCGAGGUCACCAAGAGCAACGAGUCCGCCGAAGUCCAGGCUGUCGCAAAGCCCGAUGCUACCGCUGAGAGCGUAGAUUCUGGCGAGAAGAAGGGUACCAAUGGAAAUGCUGAGGCGGGCAAUGAGAACGAGUCUUCCACCAAAGAGAAGGAUGACCGUUCAAAUGGUCGCAAGUUCGACAACAGGCGCGGUCGCGGUCGAGGGGGUUUCGGAGCCAACAGGCACUUCCGCCAGCGCAACGACGAGUUCGAGAACCUGCCCGAGUCGGAUGACCCAAACGAGAUCAGGCAACAAGUUGAAUUCUACUUCUCUAUUGCAAAUUUGGCAACUGACAAGCAUCUCUUCGAGCAACUCGAAGGCCCUCGCAAUGCGCCCGUUUCAAUCAAGCACAUCAGCCAGUUCAAGCGAAUGCGCCGCUUUGUGCCUUACUCCGCGAUCGUGAAUGCGCUCCGUGAGAGCGAGGACCUCGUCGUGAUGGACGACGGAGAGUUCGCCGGCAAUGGCAAAGAAGCCGUCAAGCGCAAGGAGCCCUUGGUCGUGCCCAAGCGGGACGGUGACGCUGAGUACCCGCCCACCGUCGAAGAGCUUUUCAACCGCAUCUAUAAGAAGAGUAUGAACAAGCUCGAGAACUGCAUCUAUGUGAAGGGUUUCGCUGCUGAGGGUGAAGAUGUUGGACAGAUCCCGCUUGAGCAGUUCUUCCGACCCUACGGCUCCGUCAUGGUCCGCAAGCGCCGCGAAGAAGAUGGAACGUGGAAGGGUAGCGUCUUUGUCGAGUUUGACAACGAAGAGUCCGCGAACCAAUUCCUUGCUCUUGAGCCCAAGCCGAAGUACAACGACAACGAGCUCACGAUCAUGUCCAAGAAGGACUACAGCGAGAUGAAGUGCAAGGAGAAGGGAAUUACUCCGGAGUGGCUCAAGACGGAGGAAGAGCGCAACAGCAGCGGCCGUGGACGAGGUCGUGGCGGGUUCCGUGGAGACCGCGGUGGUCGUGGAGGUCGGGGACGAGGACGCGGUGGACGAGGAGGUCGUGGCCGUGAUGACCGUCGGGAUCGUCGCGACCAUCGCGACCGCCGCGACCGCGAUGGCUCUGCCGACAACGAUGAUUGGAGGAGACGCCGGGACAACUUCCAGGACCGCGACCGUGAUUCUAAGAAGCGCAGCCGCGACGACAAUGAGGCCGCUGAGCGCACUGGAAGCCCUAAGCGCUCCAAGCUCGAGGUCAAGGAAGACGCGUAG